AAUAUUAAUUGAUAUCCCCCAAGUCUCUCUAUUCAUUACCUAAAAGCCUUAAAACCCUCAUGUUUAAGAUGGAAUAUGAAAUAACUCCUACAUCUUCUCCUGGAUCACUGUCUCCGAAUUCUUCGAUUUCACCGUCAUCAUCUCCGUCCCCUCCUCCUCUUCCGACGCAGGUUGUUAUCAGCCCCUGCGCCGCCUGCAAGAUUUUGAGGAGAAGGUGUGCUGAUAAAUGUGUGUUGGCACCUUAUUUUCCUCCCACUGAACCAGCCAAAUUCACCAUUGCUCAUCGUGUGUUCGGCGCUAGCAACAUUACCAAGUUAUUGCAGGAACUUCCCGAGUCUCAGAGAGCCCAUGCGGUAAGCAGCAUGGUAUACGAGGCAAAUGCGAGGAUCCGAGACCCGGUUUACGGUUGCGCGGGGGCGAUUUGCCAACUGCAGAAGCAGAUCAAUGAGCUCCAAGCACAGCUAGCCAAAGCUCGGGCCGAAGUAACCAAUAUGCAAUUGCAACAAGCAAACCUCGCCGCUGUGCUCUGCAUGGAGAUGGCGCAAUCCACUUCUCCUCAACCAAGUUCCCAGCAAUCCAUGGACAUUUCCCUCAACCCUAGCCUCAUGGAAGACAACAACAACUUUGGAUCGUUAUGGGAACCACUUUGGGCAUGAGUUUCUGCUUCAAAUUCUAAGGUCCCAUGAAAACUCUCCCAAAGAGAAGUUGAAGGAUUAAUAAUUUUAACUUAGUAUUAGGGUUAAAUGAAGAUGUAACUAUGGGGAAA